CAUCAGGUUGGGGAUGCUUGACCUAGGAAAAGGGACGCCUUCCAUUCCGCACCACCCUUGGCCGAUGUGACAAGCGAACCAUGGAAAUGAAGCUCCAACAGUCCAUCCGAUCCGCUCACGAGGUUGUGGAUGGCGACAUUGCCGACUUCUCGCUUACCUCGACACGCUUACAUGGCUCGAUCCCCUUCCAACAGUGAGAAGUUGCACCGCUGUCCACAGUUGACAGCUCUGCGCCUGCUCUUACCAAUUGGUCCCCCCCUUAGUCCCUACGGGCUUAGAUGGUCUCGUCCAGGAUGUCAGCGAGACAAAGAUGGUGUGGUGUUUGACAUUUCCAGGUCUUGCCUCCUGUGGGACCACGCGUGGCUGUCUCUCGCAGCACACUUUCUCAACCCUCGAUCCUUUUUAUUGACUUCGGGCGCCCUGUGGCUUGCUUAAGCUCGCGACCCAGCAGCCGGCUGCCCUCCUGAUACGGUCUGUGCCUUGUACCUUGGACUGCGUUGAGAAAAUACCCGACGAGGCACGAACGAUCCUGAAGCAUGGCUUAACUGGCAAACCCCCUAUCAUACAAUGUCUCUUUGCUGGCAAUUGGUCCUGGACCCUUUGACCGGUGCGAAGUCUGCAUGACCCGAUAAGCCACUUUCGUUCAGAGGUUGUCUAGCUUGCAUUGGGACAUGCAUAAGCACGCUGGCACGCGAACAGACAAGAGCUCUUCAUUGACGACGUGCUAUUCUAAAAGUUCAACUGCUGCUGCUCUAUACAAGCUCCUCGUCCUCGUCCUUCCCUGAGAGUUGUUGUUACUAUCACCAUGACGGAUCACAAGGAGAAUGGGGUGGUGACAUCCCAGGUUGACCUGGAGUCAUCCAAUGCGAACCUGUCGGUUGAAAAGAAAGGGACCAACGACGACCAACGGGAUAUGUUUCGCAUGGGCAAGCAUCAGGAGCUUCGCCGCAAUUUUCGAUUUGUCUCCAUCUUCGGCUUCUCCAUGAUUCUCAUGGCCAGCUGGGAAACGAUGUUAGGCACAUCCAUCAUUGGCUUGAUCAACGGCGGCACUGCAGGAAUGAUCUGGUUGUACCUGGUGGCCUGGAUUGGCUUCCUGGCUGUCAACACUUCAAUGGCCGAAAUGGGAUCCAUGGCUCCAACAUCUGGUGGUCAAUAUCACUGGGUCAGCGAAUUUGCGCCGAGAACCUACCAAAAGUUCAUGAGUUUUAUUGUUGGGUGGCUUUGUGUACUCGGCUGGCAGACAGGUGCGGCCAAUACAGCAUUUCUCGCCGGAACUCAAAUUCAAGGCCUGGUCAUCUUGAACUAUCCAGACUACACACCUGAGAGAUGGCAUGGCACGUUGUUGACGUUCGCCGUAGCCUCGUUCUCAGUCUUCUUCAACACCUUUCUCGUCAAAAAGUUGCCGUUGGUGGAAGGGAUCGUACUCAUCAUACACGUGUUUGGCUUCUUCGGCGUCCUAAUCACCCUCUGGGUCCUGGGCCCGAUCGGAAAUGCAAGCGAUGUCUUCACCACUUUCAACAACUACGGCGGUUGGAGCAGCGACGGGCUAUCGGCAAUAGUUGGCAUUCUUGCCGUCAUGAUCCCCUUGCUCGGUGCAGACGGCGCCGUUCAUAUGUCCGAGGAACUUCGCGAUGCGUCGAAAGUACUUCCCCAAAGCAUGAUCUGGACCACGGUUCUAAACGGUGCCAUGGGUUGGAUCAUCCUCAUCACCUUUUGCUUCACCCUGGGAAGCCUGGACGAUACUAUCGACUCACCCACGGGACAGCCCUACAUUGCUGUUUUUUACAAUGCGACACAGUCUUAUGCCGGCGCAUCGGUUCUCUCUGCCCUGGUCAUCUUCAUGGCCAUGUUCUGCAACUUGUCGAUUACAGCGACUGCGUCGAGGCAGCUGUGGUCUUUUGCCCGUGAUCAGGGCAUUCCGGGAGCUUCUUGGUUUGCAUACGUGCGACCAGGCUGGGACGUUCCGAUGAACAGCAUCGUGGUCUCCUUUGUGGUGUCCUGUCUGCUGUCCCUGAUCAAUAUCGGCUCCACGAUCGCGCUCAACAACAUUACGUCGCUGUCUCUAGUCGCCAUCCUGUCGUCAUAUAUUGUCUCCAUCGGCUGCCUCUUCUGGAGGCGUUUGACAUAUCAGCCCCUACUCCCGGCCAAGUUCACCUUCAGCAGACCAGUUGGUCUAUUCUUGAACGGAUUCAGCCUCAUCUUCCUGACCUUCGCCUUCAUCUUCGCCUUUUUCCCCGGCAAUCCGAAACCAACUGUUGAACAGAUGAACUGGGCCUCCUUGAUCUACGGGGGCGUGAUGGUUUUUGCCGUUCUUCACUAUUACAUCCAGGCCAGACAUGUCUAUGACGGCCCUGUAGAAUAUGUGCGCAAGCUCGUGUAAAUUAUGGACCAUGUUGCUAGCCCUGCAGGUCAAGGGCAGGAUCUGGCACUCAAAGAGGUGGGAUUUUGCUGAAGUGGAUGUUGCCGGACCAUCAUCUGCAGGGCUUUGUGGGUUGCUCGGUCAAGAGUGGGAACUGAGACGGUGCUAUGUCUAGGAGGACCUGCGGGCAGAUUGAAAUAACAGGCAUAUGUAAAAC